UACACACCGAGACGAACACGGCGUGACUACAGCAAUAACAAACUACAAAAAUAAUGAAUAACGAUAAUAGUAAUAACAAUAAUAAGUAGUAAAAUGAUAAAAGCUCUUUAUCAUUGAAGAUAUGUGAUGUGAAGAGGUCAGUUUCAGCAAUUUUAAGCCGUGAAAUGAAUGUUUCUUGAGGCAGUGAGUGUGUUUAUAAUAGACUGCAUUAAGAGGCGCAGAAUUAUAGGACAAUGACGAAAGAGAAAGCUCAACUGUCGCGCAAUGAUUGGAUUGCCCUCCAUUGCUCGCUGUUGGAAGAGGAGAGGAAGGCAGAGGUCAGCGCUGCACAAUCAGAGGUUGAAGGGGCAUCCCUCAAGGUCCUCGAGGCAAGAGGAGUGGUGCUAGGGCAUUUAGUUAUCAGCGAGAGAUCUACUGGCCUCUAUGGACGACCCAUGAUCACAUUUGUCCCUGCAAGGAAAGAUGCUGUUUUACCUGCGAAUAAUUUUUCUUCAGGGGAUAUUGUUGGUGUAUGUGACAGUGGAUCAGGCCAGCAGUGUGCAACAGGAGUGGUGAAGUAUGUUUCACAGAAAAAUAUACAGAUUGUUCUCGACGAUGACGCUGAUGAGUUGGACAGCCUUAGCGAUGAUACUCAACUGCGACUGAACAAGCUAGCAAAUGACGUUACCUACAGAAGGAUAAAAUCAGGACUGACUGAGCUUGAUAAGUUGAUUAAUGGCCCAGCUGCGCACACAGUCUCAGUGUUAUUUGGUGAAUCUCCUCCAAGGUCUGCGGCUCCUUCCUUACCACCACAACUAACUGGAGCUGAUGGCAAGAUACAACUUUUUAACAAAAACCUGGACAAUUCACAGCGGGAGGCAGUUGAGUUUGCCAUUCAGAGGAGUGAUCUGGCAGUGGUCCAUGGUCCGCCUGGCACAGGGAAAACUACAACCAUUGUGGAGGUCAUUAGGCAGCAUGUGAAACUCAAGUCAAAGGUUUUAGCUUGUGCCCCGUCCAACCUUGCAGUGGAUAACCUGGUAGAAAGACUAGCAGCAGCCAAGGUUCGUGUUGUGCGUGUGGGUCAUCCGGCACGUGCCACUCCACUCACCCAGCGCUAUACUCUGGACUGCCUUAUGCAUCACAGUGAUGAAUCCCAACUAUUGAAGGAUAUUCAUCGCGAUAUUAACGACCAACUCAAACAACUGAAGACGGCCAAAGACAGAGGAAAGAGGCAGCACAUCAGGAGGGAAAUAAAAACGUUUAGGAAGGAGUUAUAUGAGAGGGAGAUGAGACUCACAAAGCAGAUCCUGAUGACCAGUGACGUCAUCUUGGCUACCCUCACCAGCAGUAGUAAUGAUGGUCCCCUUAAGCUCUUGAGGGAGGAUUUCUUCGAUGUGGUGGUCAUUGACGAAUGCUCGCAGGCAAUUGAAGCUGCCUGUUAUAUGUCCCUCCUCCGAGCCCCAAAGCUGAUAAUAGCAGGCGAUCACUGCCAGCUUCCUCCUACUAUUGUGUCUAAAGAAGCAGCUGAGAAGGGCUUGGAACUCUCGCUCAUGGAGAGAGUUAUAAAUCAGUGUGGAGAAGAAGUUGUCAGGAUGUUAACCGUGCAGUACCGCAUGAAUACUGACAUCAUGCAGUGGGCAUCGACAGCCAUGUACCAAGACCGCCUAGUUGCCCACUCCUCUGUAGCCUCGCAUCUUCUUCAUCAGAUGCAGGGAGUGACGACUAAUGAAGAUACAGGUACAGUUCACCAUUGAUGUUUCUCUUCUUUGAAAUGUAUUGCAUGUGUUGCUGUUUCUUUGCAGAUUCACCUGUUUUGCAUGGGAGUUUGUUCAAAGGGGGUUGUUACGGUGUUUGAAUAUAAGC